AUGAGCUACGACGUCGGCUACGACACAACCCACCAGCUCAGCAACCAACCAACUAGCCAACAAAACAGCAACGACGACGACGAUAGUGACAGCGACAGCAACAACGUCGACAUCAGCGUUAAUGUGAGCGAGUGCGUGCGUGAGCGUGAAGUCUUUCAAAUGUACCAAAUCGAGCAACUGCAAUUAUGCGACCCGGAAAAACAACAACGCAUUGAGGCGUUGCUGAACGGUCUCCAUCUGACGGACGAUGCGUUGGAACGUAUACGCCAGGUGUUCAGGGAGGAAAUGGAUUUGGCUCUGAAAAUGCAACCCUCUUCGCUGCAAAUGGAGAAUACCUAUAUACCCGAGCUGCCCGAUGGCACUGAGAGUGGUACCUACUUGGCCAUGGACCUGGGUGGCACAAAUUUACGUGUUCUCCUAAUGACCUUGGAACAGGGUCAGGUAUUGGAUGAAAUUGUACAGUACUAUCCGCUGCCGGAGAAUUUGCGCAUUGGAGACGGUGAUGUUUUGUUCGAUUAUUUGGCCCAGUGUGUAGAUCAAUUUGCGCGGGAUCAGGAGCUGGACGAAGAUCGUAUCUACUCGAUGGGUUUUACAUUCUCAUUUCCCAUGAGGCAGAGUGCUCUCGAUUCGGGUGUUCUGGUGACAUGGACAAAGUCCUUCAAUUGCCCUUCAGUGGUGGGUCAAGACGCCGUGCUAAUCUUGAGAAAGUUCCUAAAGAAAUACAAUCGAAAUAAUAUAGAAAUUGUGGCCAUACUGAAUGAUACCACCGGUACCCUAAUGCAUGGCGCCAUUAUGGAUAAAAACACCCGCAUAGGCAUUGUGUUGGGUACCGGCUCUAAUGGUUGCUAUAUGGAACGCAGCUCACGUGUCCUACACUGGGAACAGGAACGCCAUGGCGAACGUCAUGUUGUUGUCGAUGUGGAAUGGGGUGCCUUUGGCGAUAACGGUGUUUUGGAUUUCAUCAAAACCGAUUACGAUCGUCAAGUGGAUGAGGGUUCGCUGCUCAAGAAUUCCUUUACCUUUGAAAAAUACAUAUCCGGCAAAUAUUUAGGUGAACUAUGCCGUUGCAUUUUGGCGAAGCUACACAGCGAACAACUGUUCCUACCCCAAGUGGCAGCUGAUGAUUUACCCCAACCAUGGACAUUUGGCUCGGACAAUGUCUCCGUCAUUGAACAUGACACCCUACGCAACGGUUGGGAAAAUGUUGAAAAUAUUUUGCGAAAGAAAUUCAAUGCCUCGGAAAUCGGGGCAGAUGAUCUGCAGGUAAUACGUUAUGUUUGUGGUUUAAUAUCGAAACGGGCUGCCCAACUUGUGGCCCUCAACACAUCGGUGCUGUUGAACGGCAUGUCACCCGAGGAGGGCGAUAACAUUACCAUUGCCAUUGAUGGCUCGGUCUACAAACAUCAUCCCCGUCUGCGACAGUGGAUAAUUGAUUAUACCGCACUCUGGACCAAAGAUAAGACCACCAAGUAUAUGUUGGCCGAUGAUGGUAGCGGCAAAGGGGCGGCUGUGGUGGCUGCCAUAGCCGAAAAGUUACGACGUCAGAAUUUGUGAUUAGG